AUGUGCCCGGGGUGCUUCUGUCAUACAGAACUACCCCCAAGAGAGCCAGCACUGAACGCUGACCACAAGCUUCUCAACCACAAAUACGGCUCCCUCGAUAACCUAAUAGACGAUUUACAUAACUGGGCGGCUUCUGCGCUCUUCGCCAUUAAGAAGCUUCGUACAGCGAACGUUAGGGGCAUUACGUACUCAGGCUUCAUCUGGCGCGUAGGCUUUAACGCCCAUAACGCGCAAGGCGCGAGGAGGCAUUAUAAAGGCGUCUACACGCGGUGGAAUAACCCGUCGUACUAUGAGGGCUUUGGCUAUAGCAUUUGA